CUCUACUACGGUGGUUACAACAACUACGGCAAUUCGCUAGCAUCCGGUGGAGCAGGGGGAGGAGGCGUUGCAGGGGCUCCUCCCGCGGUCGAUCUGUUGCAUGCAGCGGGCUACUCUGCCACACCGUUCGGCACUCCGGGUGCUCCAACGCCCUGUUCUGCUUCAUCCACCUGCUCCUCCAUCUCUUCCUCGUCCGCUUCCUCGUCUGCCAUCAUGGGUGCAGCGAUGAGUACAGGCAACGCAGCCGCAGGCUCAACCGCGACAUCAUCAUCAUCAACGACAACAGCAGCAGCAACUGCAGCAGCGGCAGCAUCCGUUAUGGCAGCAGCGGCAGCCGCUGCGGCCGCGGCUGCUGCAGCCUUCUCGAACCAUACCAUCACCGCCAACGCCUCUACCGCCACCAACUCCGGCUCAUCCUUUUCGAUGGGCAGCGGAGCAGGUGGCAGUACCAUCGGGGUUGGUGGCCAGUUUGUAAACGACACGAUGAUGGCACUGGCCAGCGCCGAUACCACCGGUUACAACAUGAUGGUGGUUCAGGAUCACAUGUAAAUAUGGCAACAUCACAGAACUCCACUCAACAGACGGGGACACAACCACCAUCUUUUUGCUUAGUUUUUUGCUUAGCAUCAUUGGAAGUAGGACAAACGGUUGUCUUCUUUCGUCUCUAUCCCCUCCAUGUCUUGUUUUAGGAAAUGAUUUAGUAAAUGCGACAAACAUCACGGGAAGAAUGGUAUCGUUUUAAUAUGCUUUUAAUUUAUUCCCCUACACGCGAUUUGGUUCAGAAACGAUCAUCAUUUGUUUAACGCAGCCGCGCAAUUGGUUUCUAGUUUUGUGCCGACACACCCGGUACACCCGGUACUGACUCAGGAGAUGAAAUGAGAUUGCUUUUGUCGAAGAGAGUGACGAAAUCGGUGAAAAAGUAUGAUAUGAGUUGUCGGUGGUAGAAGAGAAGAUUUUAGAUAAUUUUAUGAGAAUAACAAAAACAACAAAACCCGAACAACACGCAGAGUGAGAGAGAAAGAUGAAAACGAAACAGUGGAAAGAAGUGGAGUGGAGAAAAAGUGGUUUAUCUGUGCAACUAAAAUGCCAGCAUAUCAUGCCAGCACACGGCGAGCACUCGGUUAGGCAGCGGUGCAACGGUACGCGAAAAGGAAAGGUAGAUCGCCGCAAGAGGAGAAGCUCUAAAUAUAAUUUAAAUAAUCUUUUGAACAGUAAUUUAAUGUAGGUCGCUAAGUAAGAUUAACUGAAGGGAGGAAGAGCUGGAAACUGGUAAAAGAGAGAAGAGAAAGAGCGAGAUGGUUAAAUGAAAUGAUCAGACGAAAGCGAAUCAGCAUUAGCACAGGAGCAGUGGCAGUGGCAGCCGGAUUGUAAAUAGACAACGAAAACACGCCACACGGCGUUCGUUUUAGAUUCCUAUACCCGCCCAGCUCACCAGUCGCACCAACCCUAUUUAUUCGUUGUUUGGCUUCGAUGUGAAGCAUCAAAUGCUCCGGCUUCCAGAAACGCUGCUGAUAUAUGCUGAUCGUCGCGCACAGGGUGGCAUCAGAAUCGAAGGGAAGACGGGAGAGACUAGUGAAUAAUGACUUGGAGAACAUUUUCUUCCGCAAAACUUCCGCCACAAGCAGACAGACAGAGACACAUUUGCACAUCACAAAACCUCACCUUUCCAUUGUGUAUCCCCCUUCAUCUUCUUCCUCUCAAAGAGAGUCUCAGUCUUCGGAUUGGUUAUACUCCAAAGAUUCAGUUCAACCAAACUACUUCCAUUCAGCCCCCAGGAAUAGGUUCAUAUAACGUAUGAUUUUAUAUAUCGCUUCCACACCAUCCAAAUCCUAGAUUCAAUCGCAAUUCCUUUUCGCAUUUCAGCACACAGAACACUAUAAAUAUGCUGCACCGAGAUACAAUUUCGUCCAAAUGUCCAACGGGGUAGGGUGGUGUGGUGUUGUGUGCCCAAGGAUGGAGCAAUUUUUCAAAGACGCAACAAAAAGAAACACACAAAAAUGUACCGCAAAACGUUUGCUUUUAUGCGCUAGGCAUUUGUAAAAUACGCGAAGGCUUUUUUUAAAAAAGAAAUCUUGAAACACAAAGCAACAAAAAAACACAACAAACGGAAACAUUCGCCCAAAUGAUGGUGAUGCCACAGCGGGACCGUUACACAAUCAAUAUGCGCUCACAUGGACACAGCACGCCACAACAGUUGCCGCAUACCACAGAAAAGUAACCGGCAUUCGAGUGUUCUCCAUUUUCCGACCGAGCAGCAACGGGCGUGUUUGCCUUUGCUUCGGUUUUCUGUUUUUUUGUAUAAAAAUCUAAAGUAUUUGCAGUGGAAAUGCACAGACGAGGGUGGUACGGGUCAGGAGGAAGCAAACAGCUUGCCUUAGCCUGAGCGGUGCCGCCGGGGGUAAAGUAGUAUAAAGCGUUGAGAGAACACAGAAGUGAACGAAUGGCGGUGUCGCCCGGGGGGAACAUGAAACCGCACAAAACGGUGGAAUGCUGAGAGCAGCGUGCAUAUAAAUAUAUAAAUAUAUGAGAAAAUCUAUACAUAAAAAGGUAGAUAUAAACAUGCGGGGAAGCAGAAGCAGAGAAGACGCUCGACUAGUGCUGGCUCAGAUGCCGGCGUGAAGGAUGCGUGAAAGUGAAUUCGGUUUUUUUUUGUUUUUCGUUUUAAGUAAACUAAUAUGAUCCUGCCGCCGUAACUGAUCAAGUGCUGCGGCGCAGGAGGAAAAAGGGUGAAACGCAUGCUUGCUAUGAACGAAACGAGCGGGGAAACGCGCGAAGAGCAGGGAGAUCUGGAACCGCAUCACCCCGUGGGCAACCCCACGGAGUGUUGCGAGCAUCUUUUUGGUUGCGAUAGACUAGGCGAUAUAGAGAGCGAAACUACUAAUUGAAGAAAGGAAAAUCAAGUUUAAUAUAAUAAAAAGAAAACGAUAAAAACUUA